CUCUCCGAUUUUACCAACGUUAUCCGGCGCACCUACGCUACAACACGUCAAAACGUUACCCUCGUGCUUCAUAGCUCCAGUAGCACCAGCACCAGCAACACUGUUUCCGAGCCCAGCGUUUGGUUUGAACCCGACCACAAACUUCCUGAAUUGCCCCGUGCUUUACCCAGCAGCAGCAGCAGCGUACGCUACAUUAAUACCAGCGGAUGCUCACAGCACAUUCCUCUAUCACCCCACAGUAGCCGCAGCGAAUAAUUCCCAUUUUCAACAGCAGUAUUCGAGUUUUACCCCUUCAGUCACUUCCGCCACAGCAUUCCUCACCGGUAAUAUACUGCAAACUGCCGCAGAAGCUGCACUGAAUAGCACUAGCAGCAAUAAACGCAAAUCAACUACGAUUUACAGUACCAAGUCAGAAAGUAAACUGUACGGUAGCGGUAGCUUAGCCACACUCACGCCAGAAUCGCCGAGCCGAACACCGGUAAAUCAUAAGAAAACGUGUGUGAAGCUCGAUUGCAAUCCGGUUUGCGGGCCCACCAGGCCGGAAGGUAAGCGAGUCGACUCGUCGGCCGCCGCAUGUAUGGCUGCAUCACCAGUCAGGCCGGUCAUUGGUCAGCAACAAUCGCAGCAACAAAUUGCGGCAAGCGAUAUUGCCGCCCACUACCAAUCCCAUCCUUUCGAGCAGUCACAGUUGGCCGUCGCAUCUUCUGCGGUCAAGUCGCAGCAGCUCUUUAAAAGCAUGGAGCAGAUGAGGCAGUCGCAAAUGCAGUCGCAAGAUGCGCAGCAGCAGCAACAGCAACAGCAGAUGGUAUAGCC